UUUGUAAUAGUGUGACCACACAGCGUGUGCCACAAAUACAAAAAUGGCGUCUGAGCAAAACGAUAACGUUAUAAUAGAAAAUUCAGCAAGGCGAACGCGUUCGGGUCGACCUGUGGCUGCACCAGCAGCAGCGCCAACACGAGCUACGCGUCGAACAUCCAAGCGGCAAGCGCAGUUAAGUGAUCAAGAAGAGGAAAACGAGGUUAAUAAUCAACCAACUAUGGUGCAUCCGAAAGAGGAAGAGCAUGCUGUAGCAGAAGCAGCUGCUGCCAUUGACGAUAUUCAAUACGAUGAGCUUGCGCAACUGCAGCAAAGUCUAGACGACGAUGUGGAUAUGUUAGUCACAGCUGAAACGACUGGCGGCGUGGAUGAGAAGAGUUCGUCAUUUCCUUUUGGAGCCGUCACCGAACAGCAUUCUGAGACCAGUGAUGAGGUUAAAGAGAGUCGAACCGAAGAAGGUGUAGACACAUCGUUGUUAGCUUCCUUGGCUGGCGACAAUGCCAACAGUUUACCUUCUGUUGGCGGAAAUGACGAAAAUGAGACGAACGCCAAAAAAGCAAACUUUGAAUCAACUUCAGACGCACUACAGCCACUUGAGAGUAAACUCAGCUCAUCCGAGGAUUCCAUCUCACAUCAAGCGAUAGCAGAGAGCUUAGGCGAUGAAGUUGACCACGAAAUGGACACUAGCAAUGCGACUAUUGUAAAUACUGAAAUCAUCUCAGAAGACGAGUUGCCGCCACCAAGUAAGCCAGAAAUUAAUGAUGCCGAAGAGGUAUCCGAUGAGGAGUUGCCAGCACCACAGCGCGCAGAGUUGCCGGCUGAUGCUGAAGUCAUUUCCGAGGAUGAGUUGCCUACGAAUAACAAUAACGAAUCGAAGCAUAGUGGGAAACGAAAGGCUAGCAAGGACUCGAAUGCAACAAGGGCAGAAGAUGCUGAUGACGAGCAACAGAGCAGCAGUGAAGCGAGUUCUAAAGGCAAGCACCCGGAGCAAUAUAAUCCCUGCAGUCCAACAACAGAGAGUAACGAUGCACCACCUCUAGAAAAGCGCCCUAGGGUUGAUGAAGAUACCGAGCACAAAGACAAGGACAAGGACAAGGAAAAAGACAGCCAAAAGAGGGAUAAGGAGCGUGACAAAGACAAAGAGAAGGAGAAGGAAAAAGACAAGGAGAAAGAUAAAGAGAAGGAGCGCAAAAAAUUGCCGGAUCUCGACAAAUACUGGCGAGUUGUCAAAGACGAUCCAUCGGACUUCACAGGCUGGACAUAUUUGCUGCAAUACGUAGAUAGCGAGUCGGAUGCUGAGGCGGCCCGCGAAGCCUACGACACAUUCCUGUCGCAUUACCCCUACUGUUAUGGCUAUUGGCGAAAGUAUGCGGACUAUGAGAAGCGCAAAGGCAUCAAGGCCAACUGCUAUAAGGUAUUUGAGCGCGGUCUGGAAGCCAUCCCCUUAUCUGUUGAUCUUUGGAUACAUUAUCUGAUGCACAUUAAGUCGCAUCAUGGUGACGAGGAGCAAUUCAUUCGCAGUCAAUACGAGAGGGCUGUGCAGGCGUGCGGCCUAGAGUUUCGCUCAGACAAGCUCUGGGAUGCCUACAUACGUUGGGAGAAUGAAUCAAAGCGCUAUCACCGCGUAGUUCAGAUAUACGAUCGUCUCCUUGCGAUACCUACCCAGGGCUACAACGGUCACUUUGACAAUUUUCAAGAUGUUAUUCAUCAACAAGCAAUAACCUCCACGAUUAGCAACGAGGAGUUGGUUCGCUUGCGCAGAGAUUGGCACGAACGCCAGCAAAGCAAGUCGUCCAAAUCGUCAUCCAAAAGUCGUCGUGACAGCUCCAGCUCAAAGGAUGCUAAGAGUGAGCGUGAUCGCGACCGGGAACGCGAUGAGAAGCACAAAGAUGUCUCUGGCGGAAAGUCACCGAAAGAGAGUAGUGAAACUAUGGCUGACGAAUCAGCAAAUAACACCGAUCUAUCCACAAGUGAGCCAUCAUCCGCGACGGCGACAUCGAAGACAGCGCACAUUGAUUUUAGCGAUCUCAGCACGCUCACCGAGGAGGAGAUAGCGGCCAUUAAGGAAAGAGCAAUAUCAGCGCGACGCAAGCUGCACAAGUUGACUGUUAGUGCGGUUACGGCACGCUGGUCCUUCGAGGAGGGCAUAAAGCGACCAUAUUUCCAUGUGAAGCCAUUGGAAAGAGCUCAGCUGAAAAACUGGAAGGACUACCUUGACUUUGAGAUCGAGAAGGGUGAUCGGGAACGCAUUCUGGUGCUCUUCGAACGUUGUCUUAUUGCCUGCGCUUUGUAUGAUGAAUUCUGGCUGAAGAUGCUGCGCUAUCUGGAGUCGCUGAAUGACCAAAGCCAAAAUAUAGUGGACAUUACACGUGACGUCUAUCGACGUGCCUGUCGCAUCCAUCAUCCGGAGAAGCCUAGUCUGCAUUUAAUGUGGGCCGCUUUUGAGGAGUGCCAGCAGAACUUUGAUGGCGCCGCCGAAGUGCUGGAACGCCUAGAACAGCGUUGCCCCAAUCUCUUGCAAGUUGCCUAUCGUCGCAUCAAUGUCGAGCGACGUCGCGGCGCUCUGGACCGAUGCCGCGAGCUGUACGAACAUUACAUCGAGCACAGCAAAAACAAGGCAAUUGCCGGCAGCUUGGCCAUUAAAUACGCUCGAUUUCUCAACAAGAUCUGCAAUGAUCUGGACGGUGGCCUGGCCGUACUACAGAAGAUUCUAGAACGAGAUCCGGCCAAUACUCGUGUUGCCCUACAAAUGAUUGACUUGUGCUUGCAGCGACCGCAGGUUGUGGAGCAGGAGAUCGUCCAGAUUAUGGAUAAGUUUAUGGCACGCGCUGACAUUGAGCCAGACCAGAAGGUGCUCUUUGCGCAGCGAAAGGUUGAGUUUCUAGAGGACUUUGGCAGCACUGCCAAGGGUCUGCAGGAUGCGCAACGAGCGCUGCAACUUGCUCUUAGCAAGGCCAACGAGGCGCAAAAGAAAAGCAAUGACGCAAGUCCAAGUCGCAAGAAUUCUACUAGCACCAAGGACAACGCCGCUGCCUCCAGCGGCUCAUCUGCCGCACCGAGUACCUACAACAAUGGUGGAUCGGCGGCAGGCAAUGCCAAUUACAAUUACAACUCAGUCAAUUCAAGCGCCUACUAUGCUCAGCAGAGCGGUGGGGCCUAUCCGCCACAGCAACAGCAGCAAUCGUACGACUCCUACUACAAUCAAUGGGGCGGCUACAGCUCUGGGGGAGGUGGUGGUGCUAGUACCGGCGGUGCUGGCUACAGUUAUGGCCAGUGGAGUGGUUAUGGUAACUAUUACUGAAACAGGCAUUAUUUCGCCCAGUCGCGUUCCCCCUAUCACACCAGCAAUGGGUGGUGGCGCCAGAGUUAGCCUCGUUAAAGUCUA